UGGUCGCGGCGGCGUGGGCCGGCAGCGGCACCUUGCGGGCUGUGGGGAUGAGAGGCUGGGCGGACUCGGGCCUGGGCCCGUAUGGACCCCCUGGCGCUGGGCCGGUGGCGACGGCGGAGGCCAGAGGAGCUGCAGGUUCCGGGGGACGCGAAACGGGCAUGCAGGAGAUUAGAAGCAGCGGUGCAGGAGCGGGGCUGCCACCAGGUGAAGGUGCGCGUGCCCGCAUCCUGGGGCAGCAAGGAGCCCGAGUCACCAGAUGCCCAGCCCAGAGGCCACCUCCCUGCACCGAGGCCAGACGGUGGCCAGGGGCGACCAAGCGUGGGGGUUCCUCAGGACGGUGGAAAGAGCUGGGCCCAGCCUUGCCCAAGAUGCAUUGCGGGGGAGUCUGAAACAGGAUGCCAUCGUGGACCGGACUGCUCUGUCCCCCCACCGCCUGGCCCACUGCUCCCUUCCUGGCCUCAGCCAGCCCAGCGAGCCUUCUGCCACCACGGCGCAGCCUUGGAGAGCAGGGGUGCCCUGCCAGCCUCUGCCCAGGGGCCAUGCAGCCACACUGCUCUUUGCUGGGAUAGUGGCAAGUGUGAUAAAGGUUUUUGGAUGCUGGACAAGACCUCUCAUUUCAUGGUGGCACAGUGUCUGGCCACGGGUCUGCCCCCAGCCGUCCGGUGCUCCCAGUUACUUCUGCGGGCGAAGGGACAUUUUAACCAUAUGGAGAAUUGGUAGAAGAUGCAAGCUGAAAAAGGAAGAUUCCAAUUGUGGUUUUGAACCCUCAUGUGCCAGCGAAUGUAAACCUCUCCUGGGUGGAUGUGUGUGCCCACCUGUUCAAAUAGCGCCUGAUACCCUGCCGUCAGGAAAUCCCACUGUCCUCCGCUCCAGAGCCAGAAGAGCCUCCAAAUGUUACUCCUCAUGAAGCCUCCUUUCAAAUGCAUCUUGCUUGAGAAGAAGAUCAAUUGCAUUAUUUAAAAGUUUAAAAAACUCAGUAUCAAACUUCCUGUGAGGUUUGAGAGCCCUAUAGCUUAUGGAGCCAUAUCCAGAUGUAGCCCCACUUUAUACUUUUCUAUUGUUUUGUGGAUGUAUCCAGAGCUGCUUAUGUACUCUUUUUUAAUUAAAAGUCUUAUUUUUAUAUUGAAAACGC